CACAAGGUAACUCCUGGCUUAACGCAAACUAACAAAAGGCUGAGGUUAUAAAUACCAGCUGGUGGAAGAGAUAUUGGAUAUUGGAUGCCUUUUGACCUUGGUAACGAUAUGGUUGGGAUGUGAAAAGGCUUUGACAAAAACUGGCAAAAGACAUCUGUUAUGACUUAUUCUUUUUUGGGCUAAUGUGAAUAGGAAAAGGAUACAUACUAUAAGUUUGGAAAUAGACACUAAAAUGUACUCGUUCGAAGGGAAUUACAAGUCAAAGCGAUCAUUAGUGCUUGAUCAUACUCAGAAGUUAUCAACGAAUGCACUUGUUCAAAAAACACGUGAAGAACGAAGGUUACGUGAAAAAAUGAUCAAACAAGAAAGUGCCAUUAUUAAAAUUCAAGCAUAUAUUCGAAGUUAUAUUGUACAAAAUAAAAUGAAACGUUAUUUUAUUGGAUUAUUUAAUGAAUUAUCGAAUCAAUUAGAUCAUGCCAUGAUGAAUAAAUCUAUUGUCAAUAUGGAACAACAUGAAUAUGAAUGUAAAUUAUUGAGAUUACUACAGUCUUUCAAUAUAUGCUAUCGUGGUAAAAAUGUCAACCAAGAACAUCUUUUGAUUGUUUGUCGUUUACUAUUAUCUAAACAUGGAAAAAGUAUUCAAAUCAAAUGGUUGACUAAUGGUUCCAUUGAUAAUAUUUUCACGUUAGCAAAUUCAUUAUCAAUCAUUGUGAAAUAUUUAUCAAAACUGUCAUCAUCAACAAAAUCAUCUGAUUACGCGUUACCGAUCCGUGUAUUAGAAGAAUUGUUCACAAUCUCAACGGGGACAUCUACUACAAUCUCUUUAUAUUCAAAACAACUAAGCUUCAAUAUUGCAUGGAUUUGUCAAUAUCUAACAAGGCAUCAUUAUUUUAAUCAAUUCGCUUAUUUUAUUGAUCAACAACUGCCAUCCACAGCUGGUUACCUACAGGAUCCCACUACUCAGUCACAUGUAUUUGAUCCUGUGGAAUUUUUGAAAGUACCUAAAGUUCAAGAUUUCAUUAAUUUGUUAAUGGGACCGUUAAAAUGUGUAUUGAAUUUAUCAGAGAAUGGAAGUCAAGUUUCUAGUACCAUGAUUGAUUUUUAUCAAGAACUUGUUAUUACUGCAAUCAAUGAUAUCCUUAUAUCAACUGUGAAUAAUACCAGUAAUAAUAAUAAUAAUCGAAUAAUCAGUGAACGUCUUACACAUAGUAUUAGCAUAGAAUUAUUUCAAUUACCUAAAAUACAUCAAAUUAUUAUGAAUGCAUGUUUAACAUCGGUAAAAAAUAAAAAUAACCAAUUGAAUAUUGAACAACAACAACAACAGAAACAAUCUAAUGAAUAUGUGACAUUGAUUCCUUCGAUCAAUUUAUUACAUCUUUUGGUAACUACGGUUUUACCUGGUAUAUUAAUCCAAUCUAAUCUAUCCGCAACAACAACGACAACAACAUCAAAUCCAAUGGUUUGUACCACUGAAUCAUCUAUGAUACAAGAUACUACUGAUGACAAUGUUCUUCAUCAUCAUCAUUUGGAAGAACAACAACAACAACAACACCGAGAAGACGAAGACGAUGAUACUAUGGAUGAUGAAUCAUUACCAGUUCUAUUAUCUACCGAGUUCUAUACACAUUAUACAUGGUCUAGUUCACCUUUAGAAGCUGCUUUAAUGAUACGUUGUCUUGCUUGGUUAUUAAUGCAUUGUUUGAAAGAAUCUUAUCUACCUAUUAUACGUCCAUUAAUUUAUCCUAAACCAUUACAAUUAAGAAUGGAACAAGAGUUUUCCGAUGGUGAUGACGAUGAUGAUGAUGAUGAUGAUGUUGAUGACAGAGUGAAGAGUGAUGAUCAGAAUGCAAAAAUGUCCACUGAAUUUAUUAGAAAUACAUCAUCGGAAAUAGUGCAAUCUCAACAAGCUACUCAAUUGAAAAAUAUCUUUGUAGCAUUAAGUCAUCAUUUACCAGCAUUGGCAGCUAGUGCUUUAACUACACUAGAAAAUGUUACCAAUGAUUUAAACAAUCCAGAUGAUUUGGAAUUGAUUCGUUCUACAUCUUAUCUACACUACUGUCUUUCACAAGUAUGCAAUCUACCUAGGAUAGUAUUAAUUCGCAUUAAUUCUAUUUAUUCACAACAUACAAUCUAUUUACGUUAUUUAUGGCAUUUAAUUGAAACUACUCAAUGUUCAAUUAGAUCAACAUUAUCACAUUCAAAUUCCAGUAUGUAUUCAAUUUUCAAUAUUUUGUCUUCAGGUGAAUUACCGCCGUGUUUAGUUGAGCUUCAAAGUUAUCUUCCAUUGAUAUUUACAUUUGCUGAUUGUCUACAUCAUCGUUUAUUAUGCUUAACUGAUUCGGAAAUUUGUAAUAAUGUUUCAUCCGAAAUGAUGAAUUUCACCAUUGACCACAACAACAACACCAAUAAUCAUCAUCAAACUAAACCAUUGUCACGAUUAUUAGGUUGUGGUUUUCAUCCUGAUGAAUUGUUACAUGUCGGAGCAAAACUUCGUGAUCUUAUGCUUGGUCUAAUUGAUAUAUCACAUCCUGAUCAAUUGCCGAAACGAAUUCAUUAUAAUUUACAACAAACCGAUCCAUCCAGUGUAGAUUUAUUAGAUCAACCAAAUUAUGGAGCAGUAUUGCGUAGAAUAGAACAACGUGUUGAACUUGCAGCUCUUUACAAUUCACCUGGUGGUGGUAGUGAGAUGUUUAUACGGAAUAAUGCAGAAUGGUCUGUCACAGAAUUACGUCUUUUAUUACAUUGUUGGAGUAGUUUAUUUCGACGUGUUCAACAAUUAGUAUUUCAAAUCUAUGAUUGGGAUUGUCGUUGUCAACGUCAACAAGAUAAUAAUUUAUCAUCAACUAAUAAUCCAUCCAAUGUUAAUUCGACAUUUUCAACAACUGAUAUUGUACAUUUACCAAUUGGUGGUAGCGUUAGUAGUGGUGGUGGUGCUGCUGCUCUUGGUAAACCACGUAUUGGUCAAACAUUUUGGUUAAAAGAUAAUCUAGUGGAUUUAUUGAAUCCUAUCAUUGCAUCUACAACACCAUCAUCAUCGACAUCGUCUACUACAUCAUCACAAUUAUCAUGGUUGAUUAAUCAAAGCGCUGAGAAUAAAUUAGCUUUAGCCAGUGCACCAUUUGGUUAUUUUAGUAUUUUAAAUCCUGAUUUAAAUCAAGUCGAACUUAAUGCAUUCGCUUUAACUACUAAUCGAGAAGUACGCCAAGUUGUAUUAUUGAAAAAAAUUCCUUUUGUGAUACCGUUUGAAAAACGAGUUAAAUUAUUUCAAAUUCUUAUCAAUGAUAACAAUGCAUAUGAUCGUAAUCCAUUUCGUCAAAGAUUUUAUGAUCAAACAAAACUUUUACUUGUUAUACGUCGUACUCAUUUAUAUGAAGAUGCAUUUGAGAAAUUAUCUAAAGAAAAUGAGCCCAAUUUACGUUUAUUAUUAAAAGUGACUUUUUUAAAUCCAACUGGUCUAGCUGAAGUCGGUAUUGAUGGUGGUGGUUUAACUAGAGAAUUUCUCACUGAAUUAAUUCGUACGGGGUUUAAUCCAACUAGAGGAUUUUUUAUUUAUGCAUCAGAUCAAACUACUUUAUAUCCAAAUCCACAAGCAGCUGCAAUCACAUCGGAUUAUUUGAAACAUUAUUAUUUUUUGGGUAGAAUUUUGGCGAAGGUCAUUUAUGAAGGUAUACUUGUUGAAUUACAAUUUGCUUAUUUCUUUUUGGCAAAAAUUGUUAGUCAAAGUACAGGUGGUAGUGUCGGUUUUGAUUAUUUACAAUCACUUGAUCCUCAAUUGUAUAAACAAUUAUUAUUUUUAAAAAAUUAUGAAGGAAAUGUACGUGAUUUAUCAUUAGAUUUCACAGUAGUUCAAUCAAUUUUUGAUCAACCUGAAACGAUUGAAUUAAAACCUGGCGGUAAACAUAUUCCAGUUACUGAAGAGAAUCGUGUAGAAUAUGUACAUUUAAUGGCAAAUUAUAAAUUAAAUAUAAUGAUUUAUCCACAGGUACGAGCUUUCACAGCUGGAUUAAAUGAUGUUAUACCGAUUGAUUGGUUGCGUCUUUUCGAUGCAGAAGGCUUACAAACUCUUAUAUCUGGUGCAGAUAUGGUGAUUGAUGUGGAUGAUUUAAAAAAGCAUACAUACUAUUUUGGAAAUUCAUCAACUUAUACAGAAACAUUAAAUAGUUUUUGGUCUGUAUUAAAAAAUUUCUCUGAAUCAAAUAAACGUUUAUUUUUAAGAUUUGUCACGGCUUGUUCACGUCCACCAAUGUUUGGUUUUAGUGAAUUACAACCACCAUUUUCUAUACAAAUUACUGAAGAAAUUGAACGUUUACCAACAGCUAGUACAUGUACUAAUUUAUUACGUUUACCAAAUUUUCGUGAUGAAAAAUUAUUACAUGAUCGUUUAUUGUAUGCAUUGAAUGCGAAUGCUGGUUUUGAAUAUGGUUAA